UUGACUCCAACUGAAGCUCUUCUUCCUCACGUACACGAGCCAGAGUUCGGGCAUGGAGCGCUGCUACUGGACGAGCGGCGCCAUUCCAGACGCCAUGGCGUCUUCUCGCCGCACCGUUCCUUUCCAAUCCGCCGGAGCCGACGCUCGUCGCCGUCUACUCCUACCCGCGCAGGCGUUCCGGCGAACGGAUAGGAGGCCGCGGCUCGUGAGAUUCCAGGCGCCGCCUCGGUGCCACAAGAUGUAUGUUCCCGGUUUUGGAGAGGGCUCACCAGAGAAAAAGGCGGCGAUUAGCCUGCAGAACUUCUUCAAUUACGUGGCUGUCAGGAUUGUGCUAGCACAACUUGAGAGCUACAACCGAGAAGCAUAUGUUGAGCUCAAGGAAUUCGUGAGUCGCAACUCUGUGAAUGAUGCUGACAAUUUCUGCAAAAACUUGAUUCGUGAAUCGCCAAGGCACAAGGCGUUAGCUAUGAGGAUUUUGGAGGUUCGAUCUGCUUAUAUGAAGAAUGAUUUCGAGUGGGACAACCUGAAAAAGUUAUCCUUCAAGAUGGUUGAUGAAGCCAACACAAAGCUCAUGAGGGAUUAUGUCCUGGAGACCAGCCACAUAGAAGACGACGAUAAGCGAUGAUAUCCCAUGUCUCCUGAGAACGUCUGCCGUCCAUGCAUGAUGCAUGAUUUCUCUCGAUCGAUCAACAGUUAUGUGUUGUGAAGUGUAUAUGUGGAUUGCCUAGCCUUUUCAUCAGUUCGGACUUUUGGUUCAAGUGGCUAGUGCAUGAAGCUUAACAUGGUAUCAGAGCCCCAGGUCUCAAGUUCAAAUUCUGGCUUUCACAUGGUUUUCGCAAUUAAGCCUAAAAAUUGUUGUUGCCCCCCUCUUUAGCCACCGCUGUUUCGGUGUGCUCUUCUUCUUUCACGUGUUGACUUUCUCUUCUCCCGUCACACGCGAGUGGGGGUGUUGUGAAGUGUAUAUGUGGAUUGCCUAGCCCUUUCCAUCAGUUCGGACUUUUGGUUCAAGUGGCUAGUGCAUGAAGCUUAACACUACGCACACAUGCACAUAAUCUGAUUGUGUUUCUGCAUUACUACUGAAUAUGUGAGCAUUAAGUUGUUUACUGACCUCCUACAACCAGUUCCCAAACAUGUUUGAUAUACUUGUUGCCAGGGUAGGUUAAACACCAUAUGUAUCAUUUUCCAUAAUAAAAACGCAAACGGGGAAGACAAAA